UAUUUCCCAGAAUUCCUUUCGUCGUCCUCUUCCGGUUGCAGAGCUCUCCGUGUAGCAGGCGUCCUGAUUAAAUAAUGGCAAAGUCAAAGAAUCACACCACACACAACCAGUCACGCAAGUGGCACCGAAACGGCAUCAAGAAGCCCCGCUCUCAGCGCUACGAGUCUCUGAAGGGGGUGGAUCCUAAGUUUCUGAGGAACAUGCGCUUUGCCAAGAAACACAACAAGAAAGGACUGAAGAAGAUCGCUCAGAAAGCAGCGGCCAAAUAAACAUGAUGUGUGUACAGGAGUGUAAAAGGACUUUCUACCAUCAGAAUAAAGUCGUGAUUUAUUAAAUCAGA